CAUCACCUCUCUUAACAACCAACAUCCCAACCCCGGUGUGCAAAAAUGGAAACUUUACAGCUGGGUUUUGCCUCUGUACAGAUGAUUGGAGUGGAGCCUCCUGCAACAUUUCUAAUUUCUGCCCUGAGCAAGGACCCACAAAUACAUCGGGAUUUACCUUUCCAAGAACUGUCCUAGGCCGGUUUGCCUCAUCUAAAGAGCUAUGUGAAAGGGGAACACCAAAUGCUGAGAUUCCCAAGGCAUCAGCCCUCUGUAAUAUAACAACCCGUGUGUUUAAUGCGCCAAACAAUCUGAGUUGUACUUUAACCUUGGACGUCAUUGAUGCAGAGAUUUCUGGGGUUUCUGUGGAAAAAAAGAAGUCGUUAGCGUCCAGUGCUCAGAUCCUUACAUCCAAACCAGAACGUCUGACACCCAAAAACAUCACAAAUGCAGUGAAUAUAGCCAACAUGUUGCUCUCCUCUGAAAACAUAUCAACGGAUAUUGCUGUAUCUACAGUAGCCACGGUCAGUCAGCUCCUGAGUGCCCGUCCUGAGAAAUUCCCUGAUGUCAACCCUGAUGCUCUUUCAAAACUAACACAGACUCUGCAGAAUUUCUCACUGCGCGAGGAAUCAAAUAACUUGGUACAGCCAAAUUUGGCAGUGCAGUCCUUUAAGGGGGGACAGGAGAUUCAUCAAGUGCAGUUAACCUUAUUUAAAGCAACAGGCAAUGAUACCUUUAUACCUGGCAAUGAUACCUUUAUACCUGGCAGAAUAAAACUGGAUUCAAAUAUGAUGCCUUUUCCAAAAGAGAAAGUUGACCUACAGAUGAAUAUCACAUUCAGUGAAGGAAUGAACAAAAGUGUUGGGUUUGUUCUCUAUGAUAGCGAUCGUUUCUUUCCGUCACAAAACUUUACACCUUCUCUUAAUACCAAGAGAAGAGUUUUCUCUGCUAACCUGUUCGAAAAUGGAUUUGACACCAUUGAAGUUCAGUUUUCAGUCACACCAUCGAAUGAUCCCACGAUGUCCCUCGAUGACUUUGCAUGCGUGUUUUGGAGUUACAGCGAAAACGACUGGAGUACAAAAGGCUGCAUAAAAGAGAGUUUCUCGGGUCACGCACAGUGCACCUGUAUACCUGAUCGACCUGAAAAUUAUUCAAAUAAUUUUAAUAAUUUCAAUAAUUUCAAUAAUUUAAAUAUGAACUUUGCAGUCCUGAUGUCUUUCAAAAUAAACUACCAGUAUUCAGAAGAUUUAAACUUGAUCAGCAUUGCCGGCUGUUCUCUUUCUAUAUUGGGUCUUGCUGUCACAGCAGUUUACCAAAUUGCAACCAGGAAGUCAAGGGGAUGCAGCCCGACUCUGCUUUUGGUGAACAUCUGCUUGAGCAUGAUGAUUUUCUACCUUCUCUUCAUCUUUGGCAUAAACAACCCGGUCAAACAUGCAAAAGUGGCUAAAGAUUCAAAAGAAAAUUUUGUUCUUGUGUCAGAUUACCAUCAAUACUCUGAUGAGGGUCCUUGUACGGCAUUCACAGCCUUGAUUCAUUACUUCUUGUUGGCCACAUUCACUUGGAAUACUCUGUAUGGAAUUAAUGUGUUCCUCCUCUUCAAAACAACCACUGGAACACCUCCAUGGUUUCCCAAGGUGUCCCUAGCAGUCGGCUGGGGGUUUCCUGCCAUCAUUGUUGGUAUCUCACUGGGUUCCACUUACACAGUUGAAGAUCCUUUAGGUUAUCGACAAGAAGAGUGUUGCUGGUUGGCUUCCUUGGACCCCAAACAGAGUUUCAAUAUGAGGAAGCCAAUGUUCUGGGGAUUUCUGCUUCCCUUGUUUAUCAUGCUGAUCUUCAACAUGGCAAUAUUUCUGCAUUUCUCUCAGAACAUCUGCAAGACCGUCCCUAAUUUAGUCCGUUUGCAGCAAACUCCUUUAAAGAAGAAGUUUCUGAGUAGUUUUUCUAUGGCUGUGAUGCUUGGUCUAUCGUGGGUCACUGGUUACAUUUUGCUUUUCACCCAAGACCCAAUUCUUCAAUUUAUCCUGAGCAUAGUUUUUUGCGUCUGCAACACAACACAGGUGUGA